AUGGCGAAAUCGGUGAUGGUGAUAGGCCUCGACGACAGCGAACACGGCUUCUACGCUUUGAGUUGGACUCUCGAUCACUUCUUCUCCGGCCCGCCGGAAAGUUCCCAUUUCAAGCUCGUUGUGGUCCACGCCAAGCCUUCUCCGGCGACCGCCGUCGGCCUUGUUGGCCCCAGUGCUGCCGAGGUACUGCCUUAUGUGGACAUGGAUCUGAAGAAGAUUGCGGCCAGGGUUUUGGAGAAGGCCAAGGAAACUUGCGCUGCUAAAUCGGUGAAUGAUGUGAUAUUUGAAGUUGUCGAGGGUGAUGCCAGGGGUGUUCUCUGUGAGGCUGUGGAGAAGCACCACGCUUCUGUGUUGGUUGUUGGCAGCCAUGGUUAUGGAGCUAUUAAACGAGCUGUUUUAGGCAGCGUAAGUGAUUAUUGCUCUCACCAUGCUCACUGCUCGGUCAUGAUAGUGAAGAAGCCGAAGAUCAAACACUAA